CAAGUGCACACGACACCGUUUGACUACCGCGACAUCGUGGCAGAUGUGGCGAACUACACACAUUCCCCGAGUGACUCUGUCGCCUUCUUGUAUGAUGAAUCGGGAAAAGAGUACCAUGAACAGAUCAGUCUGCGCAAAGUCAACCAUUUCCUGUUCCACCUCGAGUUGCCCAUGCCACAUGACAACAUACCGGAAGUGCUUGCUAACCUGACUUUGAAAACCGACGUCCGAUACGUGUUUCUGAUGGGAACAUCGGGGUCUAUAGAAGAUAUGCUUAGACACGCACAUCGGCUGAACAUGUUGUCUGGGCGGUACCACUGGCUGCUGCACACCACCGACGGUAUCACACCUUGCUGUGACAAGAGCUACGACCACAGCAUCCUCGUCAUCAAAGACCUCCACAGCACGGCAACCAUGGACAACGAAGAGCGGCUCAUUGGUUUCACGGCUGACGUCAUUCAGGAGAUGCAUGACGUCAUAGCUGCGACGUCGGACCCAGUGUGUGCCUGCUCCUCAUCAUGUAAUUCCUGCAAAUCUCUCUUCGACAGGUCGCUGAACAAGGUUAUCGAGAAUGACACUCGGGUAUUUGGACAAGAAGAUGCCACUAGCAGUGAAGUGAAGUUUACACUGUGUAAAUACACCGGCAACGACACAAGAAGCCUCUCUCAGGUGGCCACGUGGAGUCAAAGCGGUGGGGUGGAGUCGACAGAACAGCUGUUUGUCAAUGGUGUCAAGGGCGUGGUCCUCAGGGUAGCGGCUGUUGUGGAACCUCCGUUUGUAAUCCGCAACUCAACGGGAGACUAUUCUGGCUACAGCAUUGAUGUGCUUGAUGCCAUUUCCAAAAUAAUCGGCUUUACCUACACCGUGAAAGAAUGCUAUGACGGUCACUAUGGUAACAUGGACUCAAACAGCAUAUGGACCGGCUGCAUCAGGAACAUCGUUGAAGGGGACUCUGACAUCAUAGCAGGCGCUCUGACAGUGACGGCAGACAGAAGACGGUGGACUUCACCCUCCUACUACGACUUCGCAGGUAUACAGAUCGUCAUGAAGAAACAAAAUCGGCAAAUCAGUUUGUUCUACUUCGCCGACGUCUUCACUCCUCUGGCCUGGCUGUGUCUGGGCGUGGUCAUCGCAGUGACCAGCAUCAUUCUACUGUUGUUUGACCGCUACACGCCCACUAGGGCGAAGGACUCGACUGUGGAAGGAGAGGUGGUCGACAAAAAGGCUUUCGAUUUGAAGGAGAGCAUCUGGUUCGUGAUGGGAUCCCUCACCAUGUCCGGGGCAGGUGUUCCUCCUAAAAGCUUUUCCGCACGCCUCCUGGUCGCUGGAUUCUGGUUCUUCUCUAUCAUCAUGAUGUCCACGUUCACCGCCAACCUGGCCGCUUUCCUCACCGUGUCCCGCAUGGGACGUCGCCAUCAGCUCCAUGACGGAAGAAUGGCUGCCAUUGAGGAGAGCUUCUACACCAUCUGGAAGGACAUGAGCAUGGGCGGUGGGAACAACAGCUUGGCGGUAUGGGACUACCCACUCGGGGAUAAGUACGUCAAUAUCUGGAAGCACAUGGAAGGCACUGGACUCUUCAACUUCACCGACCACGCUGUCAACAGUGUGUUGAAUGAUAACGUCGCCUUCAUUACCAGAUUCGUCAAUCAUCAGGAAGUACCCUCUCCAUUGCAGGAACUGUGA